AUGGAUAACGUUAUUAAUUCAUUAAAAAGUACUGCAUUAAGUAUUGGUGAAAUUAUGACACCUGUACUUACACAAUCAAAAUUUCGUGAAACAGGUGUUAUAACACCUGUAGAAUUUGUAGCUGCUGGUGAUUUUCUUGUUCAUCAUUGUCCAACAUGGAAAUGGGCAACAGGUGAUGAAAGUAAAAUAAAAAAUUAUUUACCAAAAGAAAAACAAUUUUUAAUAACACGUAAUGUUCCUUGUUAUAAACGAUGUAAACAAAUGGAACAUAAAGAUAAUUUGGAAAAAAUUGUUGAUGAUGAAAAUGGUGAUGGUGGUUGGGUUGAUACACAUCAUUAUGCUGAUAGUACGUUAACAGAAGUACGAGAACAUGCUGGACAAAUUGAAUCAAGUGGUAAACAAACACAAGUAACUGUUGAAGAUGAUGAUGAUGAUGAAGAUGAUGAUGAUGCUGCUGAUAUGGAAGAAUUUGAACGUACAGGAAUGGUUAAUAAUGAUCCAUUAGAAGCAUCGACAACUACAAAACCUUCUGCAAGUACAUUAAAAACUGAUGAAAAUACUGGGCCGAAUACAUUGGCAACUCGUACAUAUGAUCUUAAUAUAACUUAUGACAAAUAUUAUCAAACACCACGUCUUUGGUUAAAUGGUUAUGAUGAACAUCAUAAACCUUUAUCAGUUGAAAAAAUGUAUGAAGAUAUUAGUCAAGAUCAUGCAAAAAAGACCGUAACAAUGGAACAACAUCCACAUUUACCUGGAACAGGACCUAUGCCUAGUAUACAUCCAUGUCGUCAUGCUGAUGUAAUGAAAAAACUUAUUCAAAUGGUAGCAGAAUCAGGCAAAGAACUUGAAGUUCAUAUGUAUAUUAUGAUUUUUCUUAAAUUUGUACAAGCAGUCAUUCCAACUAUUGAUUAUGAUUAUACACGUCAGUUUAAUUUAUAA